AUGGCUUCUCCGGCUGUGCCACAGCUGCUCCUGGCCAUGACUCUUCCCUUGCUGUGGUCACCAGUUGCCCCCACAGCCCAACCAGAACUGAGUCAGGCUGGAGAGGAAUCUGGGCAGCAACUGGACCAGGAAAAUGGAGCAGGGGAAACCAUCCUGGUCUCCGGCUAUGCACAUCUGGAAUUUGCAAGUAGGAUCUGGCCACAGGCACUCUCCAGGAACCUUACUCUCCUUGCUGCCUCCACUUCGUUUAUCCCAAGAAAACUUACUGGUCUCAGCCUCACAACAAAGUGUCAUGUGGACCACCAGGGGUGGAGCUACUGUACUUGCAGCUUGGGCUACCAGUGGAACUCCACACUUUGCUCACAUUUCCCUUCCUGCACUAAUCACAGUUCAGACCUUGAUCCUUGCCACUGUCGGAUCUUCCAUGAUCCUGUCCCCAGCUACUGCCAGUUGCUGCCACCUGUCCCUGCAAACCUGACUCUGGGCUCCCACCUGCAGAUGCCUGGGAACACGCUGAAUAUCACUCUCUUCAUGAGCCAGGAGGCCACUAACCUGAGAUGGUUCUUGAAGCACCCAAACCGCAAACUCAUCCUCCUAUGGCCUGGGACAAAUGUGUUCCAGACUUACAAACAGGGCCAGGCUGGCCUUAGUGUCACCCACGUAUCCUACCACUGGACAGGUAAGUACAUAAGCAUUUUCGAGGCCCAGGGAUUCAGGUGGAAUCUGUACCAGGAGGUGCAGGUGCCCUUGGAAGAAAAAGAAGUGACUCGACUUCCAGACCAGCUGUCCAUCUCCUGUGCCACCUCCCCGGGCUUCCAGCUGAGCUGCUGCAUCCCCAGAACAAACGUGGCCUACAUUGCUGCCUGGAGUCCCAAUAAGGACAGUCAAGCUUCCAUGCACAAUACAUCAGACUCUCAAUGCCUUGUGCUGGCUGUUCAGCACUGCCCAGCAGCUGACACCACAUACACUUGUACCCUUCAGAGCCAGAAUGUGACUCCUCUCAUGGCUCCUGUCUCUGUCACCAUCAUCCAGGAUGGAGAUACCACCUGCCCUGAGGACUUCUCAGUUGUUGCCUGGAAUGUCACCAAAGCUGGCCAUGUGGCUCAGGCCCCAUGUCCCAUGAAUAAGAGGGGCAUGAUAAAGAGGUCCUGUUGGUCUGAUGGGGUCUGGGGGCCCAUUCAGAACAGCUGCACAGAGGGGAGCAUUCUAAUCUUGUGUCAGGAAGCCCAGCUGCUGCUGGCAGGCCAGGGGAAGCCUGAUGAGGAGGUGCCAUUUAUCCUGAGUCAGCUACGAGGGCAGGUGAAGGUAGCCAGCACCCCCUCUGACUUAUGGGAACUGCUGCACAUUGUGACCAUACUGGCUGAGGUGGUGGUAGAGAAAAGAAUGGAGCUGACAGGCCGUGCCCUGAAGGAUCUCCUGGAAACCACAGACAACAUUCUGGAUGUGAACACCAGCUCUCUGUGGACCCUGGCCCAGGCCGAGAAGCCCUCGAUGGGCUCAGAUUUCCUGCAGGCUGUGGAGAUCUUGGUACACAGCUUGAGCCCACAGCAGCAUCCUUUCUCCUUUACCACAUCUAAUCUACAGAUACAGAGCCAGCUCUUCAGACACACCUCUUCUCCUGGCUACAAUAUGUCCUUUUCCACCGGGGCCCUCCUGAAGGUACAGAUCCCCUGGUACUCACUGGCUCCAUUGGUCCACAAUGGAACCAACAUCAGUAUUACUAGCCUGGUACUGCAAAAACUGGACCAUCUCCUGCCCUUAAACUAUAUACAAGGGCUAGGGAAUGCCCCAUAUACCACUCCUGGUUUGGUACUUGUCAUCGCCAUCAUAGCAGAUGGCCAGGCCUUCACCCAGGCAGAGGUCAUCAUAGACUUUGAGGACAUGAAUGGAACCCUACACUGUGUCUUUUGGGACCACAGUCUCUUCAAGGGCCACGGGGGCUGGUCCAAUGAAGGGUGCCAGGCACAGGCAGCCGGAGCUGUCACUCAAUGCAUCUGCCAGCAUCUCACUGCCUUCUCCAUCCUCAUGUCCCAACACACUGUCCCAGAAAGUCCUAUCCUGAACCUGCUAGGGCAGGUGGGCCUGGGAGCUUCCAUCCUGGCAUUGCUCCUGUGCCUGGGUGUGUAUAGGCUGGUAUGGAGAGUGGUGGUACGGAACAAAGUCGCCUUCUUCCGCCACGCUGCCCUGUUUAACAUGGUGAUCUGUUUGCUGGCUGCAGACACAUGCUUCCUAGGAGCCCCAUUCCUUCCUCAGGGGUACAGCAGCCCACUCUGCCUGGCCACUACCUUCCUGAGCCACUUUUUCUACCUGGCCACUUUUUUCUGGAUGUUAGCACAGGCCCUGGUGCUGGCCCACCAGUUGCUUUUUGUCUUCCAUCAGCUGUCUAAGCACUUAGUUCUCUCACUGAUGGUGAUCCUGGGCUACCUGUGUCCACUGGGGUUUGCAGGUGUCACCCUGGGCCUCUACCUGCCCCAAGGGAAAUACCUGUGGGAGGGGAAAUGCUUUUUGAAUGUGAAUGGAGUCAGGCUGCACAUGUUCAGUGAGCCAGUGCUGGUCAUUGUCUUUGUGAAUGGGCUGGUACUUGCCAUAGCUGUGCUGAAGUUGCUGAGACCUUCACUGUCAGAGGGGCCCCCAGUGGAGAAGCGCCAAGCUCUUGUGGGAGUGCUCAAAGCCCUGCUUAUUCUCACACCUGUCUUUGGCCUCACCUGGGGACUAGGUGUGGCCACUCUAUUAGACCAAGUCUCCGAAGUCCCUCACUACAUCUUCACCAUUCUCAACAGCCUCCAGGGUGUCUUCAUCUUAGUGUUCGGCUGCCUCACAGACAAGAAGGUACUAGAGGCCUUAAGCAAACGCUUCUGUGGCACCCAGCCCUCCAACUCUGCCAUCUCUCUGGCCACAAAUGAAACCUACAUCUCAGAACCUGGCAAAAGAAGUGAACAUGCCAGUUAUGAAGAAAGGAUGAAUACUUGAUAGGCACCUCUGAUCUUCUUAACAUUACAUUGAAGAUGAAGGACUGAAUUUGGGGGCUUUGGGGGGGGUCAAGUAAUCUAUUUACAAAGUUCUGGCUAAUAUAACUGCUUUUAAAAUAUAACAAAAAUAGGUCAUUUACUAGCCUGUGAAGUAGGUGACACAUGGCAUAGAAAAAACUGCAUAGUUAAAUUAUUAAAGCAGACAAUUGAAAAUUAAUGAAGCUUUUGCAAUAUUUUUUAAAAAUAUUUUUUUU